GUGCGGCGACGCGGAGUAACUUGUCGUUCGUGGCGGCAAAGUGUUGUUAGGCCUGGUGAUACCGGGAGGUGGAGCAGACCUUUUUUUUUUGCUCCGUGUGGGUGCAUUUGAAGAGCGUUCCAAGUUAUUCCAAGCCCGCACACAACUCGGUCAGCUCCUUUUCUUCCUAGUUCGCCAUGGCCGAGAGAGAAGACAACGUGUACAAGGCCAAGCUAGCGGAACAAGCCGAACGAUAUGACGAGAUGGUUGAGGCUAUGAAGCGGGUGGCGUCCCUGGACGUGGAGCUAACCGUUGAAGAGCGCAACCUCCUGUCAGUGGCGUACAAGAAUGUGAUCGGUGCGCGCCGUGCCUCCUGGCGCAUUAUCAGUUCCAUCGAGCAGAAGGAAGAGAACAAGGGAUCGGAGAGCCGCCUCGACAUGAUCCGCCAGUACCGGAUACAGGUUGAGACGGAGUUGAAAGAAAUCUGCCAGGACAUUUUGGAUGUCUUGGACAAGCACCUUAUCCCCACUGCCUCUACUGGUGAAUCCAAGGUGUUCUACUACAAGAUGAAGGGGGACUACCACCGCUACCUGGCCGAGUUUGCAACGGGCAACGACCGCAAGGAGGCAGCCGAGAACAGCCUGGUGGCGUACAAAGCGGCCAGCGACAUCGCCAUGACGGAGCUGCCGCCCACACACCCGAUCCGGCUGGGCCUGGCGCUCAACUUCUCGGUCUUCUACUACGAGAUCCUCAACUCGCCCGACCGGGCCUGCCGGCUGGCCAAGGCAGCUUUCGACGAUGCCAUCGCCGAGCUGGACACCCUUAGCGAGGAGAGCUACAAGGACUCCACGCUCAUUAUGCAGCUGCUCAGGGAUAACCUCACCCUCUGGACCUCCGACAUGCAGCACGACGGUGAAGGUGAACAGAAGGAGCAGGCACCAGAGGUUGAAGACCAAGACGUUUCGUAAGAGUGGCACUAGGCUUUCUCUCUACAAGGAAUGUGAGCAGCAACAGCAGCAGCCGCAGAUGAAGAAGAAAGGGGGGGGGAAACCAGUGGUGGAUCAAGUGAUCUGUCUUUGCGACUAGUAUGUGCUUGUUAGUGACCUAAAAUGCUGCAGGAGUCUGUCCCCCCUUUUAAUUUUAUUUUUUCUCCGUGUUUUCUAAAAAAAAAAAGUUCUUGACGACGCGCAUAAAUAAGCUUCUUCCGAAAUCGAAAAAAAAAAGUUUGCAUUUUAGCCGGUCUUUUUUUUUUUUUUUUUUCCUUCACGUUACAGUAGAGGAAUCUUUCGGUCCUUUUUUGGCCCCAUUGCACGCAGUGUCCCCAUUUUGGCUGCCGCCGCGUCGGACCUGGCUUGGCCGCCGGGCAUUUUACUUAGCGUAGCAUUCUUGUAACCGGGCCUUGACCAAUAAAAAAAAAAAAACGCUUUGGAUGGUGUGACGGCAGAGCAGCCCGAAAGACGGUGCGUGCACGGCGUUUGGCCUCGGCAUCGUAGUGGGCUUUGCCCAAGUUGCAUAGUCGCGCCGCGGUCGGGAGGUGCCUCCUUGCUUUUCGGGAUGUGGUCCGCGAGCCACCUUUUUCUGUUUAAAGUCUUCUCCACUGCAACAUUUGCAAGGUUCACACGUUUAGUGAGGUAUUGUUUGGUGUUCAGCUUGUUGAGGGGAUAGAUGGGGUAUAUGUUUUUUUUUUUUUUAGUCCCAUGGGGCAAGUCUCGGUUGUUUUUGAGGUUCCACCCCCCUCUAUUCUGGCUUUAGGAGCUUGGGCACGCAUCUGGCACAGCCGUUUUUGGGACUCUUUGCCGCCGUCAUUUUUUUUUUUUUUUUUUGUCUGGGUGAUGUGAACGAGAAUCUCUGUUGAGUUCCUUAGUCCGGAAUGGUUUUGCCGAGACACGUUAGUAAAGCGUGCCCUUUUGUGUUUCGACAGUGCUGCUUUCCAAACUAGUUUUGGCUAAAUAGGGAGAGAAGCCGGGUGAAAGAAAGCCUCUUUUAGUGUCUGCAGUGUGUGUUUGUUACAGUGUCUGUUGGUCAGCUGUGCAACUUCCUUGCAGUACUCAAGUUUUUUUUUUGUCUUGUGUUUUGACAAGCAGACAUUCCACAAUGUACUCGAGAUGCCUUGUACUUCAAAAAGGGCGGUCCUUCUGCGAAACAGAGUAAAAAAAAACGAGCAAGCAAUAGUAUAUGCAGCGUUUGACCCUCUUUCCGCGUGCUGGCAUUUGGCGUAGCCGAGGCAAUUGGGAGGGCGAUCCCCAUGACGUCCGGGGAGGAGUGUGAGGAGCAUAGUCGUUGACUGCUCGGCGCUUGGCUUGCCUAGGUGUCGCCGUGGUUACGGCCGCCUAGCGUUCCAUGCGUGUCGCUCACCCUCUCUCGCCAGUACUUUUGCCAAUGGCUCACCAUGCACAGUGCGUUGGGCCGAGCACUUUAUUCUUCUGUUCUCUCGACUUUUCCGUUUAGGUGGUGCCUUUCAUUCACACUUCAUGUGUUGCAUGUGCCAGAAACCAGGAUCUACUAGAAGAUUUGCGCCAUCCAAUUUUUCUUUUUUUUUAAACGUCAUUAGCGUUGCACAUUCAUGUUCCCCAUACUCUCCCAUAUUGAUUGAGAACGUUUGGGAGAACAGUCAGACGCUGUGUGUGAGUGUCUUGUGUAUGUGCGAGUGUCUUUCUUCUUUUUUUUAAAGACCAUUUACUUCUGAAAAACUGUAGUUGUAGUGCCAUUUUGGGCGCCAAGAAUGUAUACCUUCGCAGUGAAAAAAAAAAAGGUUCCCCCCAAUAUGUUGAAUGCCUUGCAGCGCUUGUUAAUGGGUGUCAGUUUCUUUUCAUUUUUUUUUUUCUUUUUCCAUUGCGGUCUUUCUCGUUGCUUUCACCUGCCUUUUGGGUGAGCAAGUCUCUUGUGGUGCACAAGUCGCCGUUUUUCAGGCCUCCUGCAUAAAGCAUUCCGGAUGUUUUUUUUUUUCUUUUUUUCUUUUAAUUCCUUUGAGACAGUCGCUACCAACCGAGCUUUUUAUACAGUUCACAUUUUUCUUUCCUCUGUUCAAAGUCCUCCUUUUUUUAAAAUCACGGCAGAUGUAUUGCAUUUGUUGCGGCAGCCCUAGGCACUGCCUUCGCGAAACUGCGCCUUUCGACUCGAAGGCGGUGAUGAAAAGACACCGCCGACAUGUCUUGGGACUUGCGCGAGAUUAGUUACGCUCAUUUUAUAUAAUGCACACCCAAAGAUGGCGAAAAUAUUUCUCCAGAGAACAAUUUUUUGACAUGUGAUGUUUGUUGUGUAAGAACAGCUUUGUUCAGCUGCUUUUUCGUGCUGUGCAGAUGAUUUCUUUCUUUUUUAAAUAUGUUUCUUGUCUCAGUGUUCGUGCAGCAUUUGUGGAAGCACUUACGUCUUUGCUGUGGACACACACACAUGCCCAUGUCUCAGCCCCUCACACACCUUCCCCACCCACUCCUCCAGUUGUUCUUUGGCGCCUCGCUAUCUCGGUGCAGCUGGAACAAUGCGGCCGCAGCGUUUUUUUCAAGAGAGGGGGCUCGUACGAUUGUGUCCGAAGAGUGUGGUUUACCCCUGACGUAGUCAUUUUUGCGCCCGUCUGCCACGCCUCUUCUCUUCCUGCCCCCUUUGACCACUUUUCCACAGUUCUCCCCCCCCCCCCUUUUGUGUGCUAGGAUGCAUGUACUACGACUUUAUAUCUCUGCAUACUAUGGCAUCGUGUAAAUUGGGUAAUAAAAAAACUAAAAAUUUCAGACAACCUACAA